GCUGGGUACUGAGGGUGCAGGGCAGGGAGGCUAUGGAGAGAGCAUAGGACAGGGAGGGUCUGGAGGCGGGCAGGGCAGACCAGGGCUGGGUACUGAGGGUGCACAGCAGGGAGGCUAUGGAGAGAUCAUAGGGAGGGUCUGGAGGGGGGCAGGGCAGACCAGGGCUGGGUACUGAGGGGGCAGGGCAGGGAGGCUAUGGAGAGAGCAUAGGGAGGGUCUGGAGGGGGGCAGGGCAGACCAGGGCUGGGUACUGAGGGGGCAGGGCAGGAAGGGUCUGGAUGGGAGCAGACCAGGGCUGGGUACUGUGGGGGCAGGGCAGGGAGGGUCUGGAUAGGAGCAGACCAGGGCUGGGUACUGAGGGGGCAGGGCAGGAAGGGUCUGGAUGGGAGCAGACCAGGGCUGGGUACUGUGGGGGCGUAGCGUCCCGGGUCUGGAAGGGGGCGGGGAAGCGCAGGGCUAGGUCCUAUGGGGACACGGCAGGAGCUACAGUGAGUCCCGUGCGCGCUCGGCUCUGCCAGUAGCUGCAGACCCAGGGCCGUGACACAGGGGCAGCCAUCUUGAACCGCCGACCACACCCGCGUCGAUGCCAACGUAUCACGUACGUAGCUGUGGCCGCGGAGCUCCUGGGAGCGCCGAGGAGGCGGAACUCAACAACGGGGAGGGGCGCCAAGAGGCGACGGCCGCGGAGCAGAAGAACCCGGAUGAUAACAGCGAUACUGGCACGUUCGCCGCCUUCGGUUGCGCGGUGACGUCACGCAUAACUUGUCGCGGGAAGUCCAGCCAAUGGGCGGAGGAAGCGGAGAAUUUCGAACUAGGAAGAUUCCGGAAGCGAGGAAGGAGCCAACGGUCUAAGCGCCGGAGUCCGUUAAGGUAGAAGAUGGGUGGAGAAAAAUGCUUGAAAAGGUCCUUUAAGGACAGUCUGGAUGAUAUAAAAGAAAGAAUGAAAGAGAAAAGAAAUCAAAAAUGGGCAAAGUUGGGUAAAACAAACCAGGUCUUGCCUAUAAAAUGCAAAAUAGCAACCAACAGUUCGGUGCAACUGAAAAGCUUGCAAGCAAACAAUCGAGCACUAGCUCUAGCUUUGCAAGAGGAAAAAGCCAAAAUGAAAGAAGCCCAAGAUAUCAUUCUGCAUUUAAAGAAAGAGUAUCAGUCUCUGAAGUUUCAGAUAUUUGUUUUACAAAGAAAACUUAGCUCACAGCAAGCGAAAGAACCUGUUGAGACCAGAUUGUCGAUCUUGAGCAAGAUUGUUUCUAAAGUUGCUCAAAACCUACUCGAUACAGCAGAUCUUCUUGGUCCAGCUCAGGAUUUGUGUUCCACUGAUCUUAACAAGAGGAUGUGUCCCUCAAUUCUAGAAGAUGAUGACUCCAGUAUUUUAAAACAAGCUGGUUCUCUGGGACUUCCUACACGUGUUCUUGUUGCAGAUGCUAGCCUGGAAGGCGAAAUGCUUGGAAAUGAAAUAGAGAAUAAUACUGAUACAAACAAUGCAUCUUAUUCUAUGUCAGAUUCCUGGCAGACCUUUAAAAAUACCUCUUCAGUUAAGAAAAUGGCAACAAACACAGGACAAAGAUCUGAUUUUCAUCUAGACGACCUAGAGGCCAACUUGGAAAAUAUUCUUUUAGAUGAAGAGGAUAGGCAAGUUGGUAAUAUCGUACCAAAAACUGUAUCUACUAGGCGUCGCUGUUCAAACAGGAAAAUUCAUGUGCAUAAUCUAGACCAUUCAGAAAGGACUUAUUUGACCAGAGAAUUUUGUAAACAGGAUGAAACUAGACUUGAGGGAAGUCUAGAGAAAGGUAAUAUAGAAAAUAUAGAGCCAAAUCUUUCUCAAUUGAAUGAAAACAAGAUAAACAUGAAGCCAAUGUUGGAUCAGGCAGAUACUUUGACUGAAUUGAACUGCUCAGUUGCAGAACCUAAACUUAAACAAAAUCAGCCUAAAAGCAGAGAAGACUCUCAAACAAGAAGAGAGAAAGGACAAAAAGGAAAAUUGGAAGGAAGUAAAAAUACUUCCAGAACAAGAUCAAAAAAAGAGAGAAGCCAGGAGGAACCAACUUCCAAAGUGAAACUGGAUUUAUCAGUUGGCUCCAAUAACGCUUAUGAUUUUCAGUUUGAGGAGAAUGUCCAUAUCACACCUUUCCGACAAAACAAGAUGAAUGAUUGUGACUGUGAGGUGGAUGAAAGAAAGGAUACACCUGAAUCCGAAACACACAGCAGUGAAGGAAGUGAUUCAGAAGAGAAUUCUGAUGACAGCCUGUAUGUGCCUUACAGGAGUAAAUCAAAAUACAGGAAGAGUUCACAGUGCAAAAAUGAUGGAAGUCCAGUCCAUACAAGACCACGCUCUAAAAGAUCUGUGGUGUGUCAGCAACAGAAAGCCAGUAAUGAAAAAGAGACUAAGAAUACUACAUCAAAUGAAAAAACUAUCAGCACUGUUGAAAAUACUCCAGUGGAUAGUACCUCCAUGAUCAGGAAAACCAACACUCUGUCAAACACUGUGAUGAAAGUAGAUGAAGUAAAAUCAUAUUCUCUCCUAUGUGCUAUGGAUACAGUACCAAAAGUAGAUAAGAAUUCUUCCUCUGGAAAUAUAUAUUGCGAUUUUGCUAAAGUAGGGAAACCUGAGGCUUCUCAAACAUCUCGUCUUCAUCUCUGUGAUGUAACCAACAUCUCUUCAUUGUCUGGUACAAAAAGUAGAAUCUCUCAUCCAUUUUUAAGUAUUGAUGAAAAACCAGGAAUUCCCAGCCACAAACGCAGGUGUACUAUUAAUGUGAGUUACAAGGAACCAAGUAUCAGCAGGAAGCUCAGAAGAGGAGAUCCGUUUACAGAUGUGUGUUUUCUGAACUCUCCAAUUUUCAAGCAGAAAAAAGAUCCUAAACACAGUUCUGUUAAAAAGGAAUCUCUCUCCAAAUACAAUGAGGCAUUUGUUGGAUGUCGUUGAGAAGCUCUUUUGCACCCUCUUGUGGAGUGCUGAGGCAAAGAACAUUUGGUUAACAAAUUUGCUAUGUAAUUUGACACGUAAAUCAAAAUGUCACAUUAUAGUUAUGCCAUAAGAAUGUCUUGUUCAGUCUCUGUCCUGCGUACCAGGGAAAUCUAACUGUAUAUUGGGAUAGGUAGUGAUAACUAUAGACUAUUUUAAAUUUAGAUUCCAUGGGAAUUUCAGUAGGUCUCAGAUGAAUAUUUUAAGAUCAUGAAUUGAAUUGAAUUGAAUAGAGUAACUGUUACUGUGCCUGUUUGUUAUAAAAGCAGUCUUGCUACCCAGCAAGUGUUUCUAUUUAAACUCUUCGAUUCCUGAACUCCACUGUGAAGUCCAUUAUCUGAAGGCAUGUUGAGAAUCUGUGGUGUAAAAAGAUAAGCAGUGUGAAUUAUUUGACUGAUUACUAGAUUUGCCAGUCCCUGCUUAUUGUAACCCCUCACUUGAUAUAGCUGAAUUAUAGUAAAUCUUGGGAUUAGAUUACAAUUUUAAGUGAGCAAGUUUGUUCAGCUGUCUUAUUACUUACACAAACCUGUAGUCUACUAAUGUUGAAAUGUAUAAUAAAAAACUUUUAGAUUUUAUAAAGUCUUGUAAAUAACUUACAUUCUAACUGCAAUGGUUUCAGUCUAAGGGCAGGUCUACACUAUGGAGAAAAGUUAAUUAAGCUACACAAUUUGAGUUACGUUAGUAGUGUAACUCAGGUCAUCGUAGCUUAGAUCUACUUACUGCAUGGUCGACGAGAGAAACUCAUUCCGGAGGAGUUCUAGAGUCAAUGGGAGAGUGAUCAGCGGUCAGUUUAGCAGGUCUUCACUAGACCCACUAAAUCAACCUCUGGUGGAUUGAUCACCGCAGUGUCGAUCCCACUGGUAGUGGAGACAAACCCUAAGUAAGGUUAUGUUCGUACUACAGUUUGUCAGCAUAAUUUACGUUGCUCAGGGGGGUGAAUAAAUACCUCCCGGAACAACAUAACUUGCACUGACAUAGUGCUGUUUACAAUGUCAGUGGGAGAGCUUCUCCCACCAAUGUAGCUUCUGCUGCUCGUGGGGGCUGGAGAAGUUAAGCUGAUGGAACAGCUUUCUCCCGGUGGCUUACAGCAGCUAUAUUAGAGACCUUACAGAGGCACAGCUGCAUCAGGGCAGCUGGCACCGCUGUAAAUUCUCUACUGUAGCUGUGCCCUGGCUUAGAGGUGGUAAAUAAAAUGUUAAAGCUUCUUGCCCUGACUCCAGCUGUUGGCAUUUUAAGUUCCAUAUGAAAGAAGUAGAGUUAGUAUGUAGCUAAACUAUGCAAGUCAAACCAAAAAUACCAGAUAAGCUAUAUGAGUAACAGUGUAUCCUGAAGCAGUUUUCAGAUGCAAUUUUUUUCCAAUAUUAAGCUCUAUUUACAUAGUCUAAACAACAGUAAGACAAUAGAUAUGAAAGUUGAUAGGUAACACAUGAUUUUUAACCAAGCUGUAACACAGUUCAGCACAACUUACACAGAUGAGAGUAAACUGUAGUAGUCCACUUUGGCAGCUGCCAUUGGUGGGAGCUAAAAGGAGGUUCCUUGUUUAGGAGGAAUUUUUUUUUUUUAAAUCGAGAUGUAGACUGUGCAAAGCUUUUCUCAUUAUGCAACUCCUGGGUUACCUAUUGUUGGGUUUUUUUCUCUUGCAAAAGUUGUUUUCCUUUUAACAGGGUUUUACAGAAAAAUCUAGCCAAACAGAAACGUACUUUCCUACCUGCUCAUUUCACUUUACUAAAAAUUUGCAGCUGCCACUUUCUCCCAAUACAGCUGUAGUUGGAAAGCUGCCACUAGCCAGGCAGAGGGAUGGUCUUCCUCAUCAUGGAAUUCUGAUACCAUGGGGCAGGGUAUUCACUUUUUAAAUGUUUGUCUGUCAAAUCCACCAAGGAGGAUGGGGCUAGCAGAACUUGAGACGUCUCACAUUAAGUGGGCAAAGUAUACACCAAGUAUUAAUUUUUAAUGUGGGACUAUGUGUAUGUGAAAGCAAUAACUACUGAAUUAAAACAUCUAUUCUAAGAUAUCUUUUGAAUAUAGGACCAGCUCUUGUAAAUUUCCAUUACUGGAGUAAGAAGCCCAGUUCUGCCCACAUCCAGGAUUGCCACUGUUUCUCUAUAGGAUUGUAGGGAGUUAAACAGAAUAUGCUCAUAGCCCCCACAGACGGAUUUUUUAUUUGUAAAAGGGAUGCCUUUAGUUGGAGAAGAUACAGUAAAUGUAGACUUAGUAACUAAAUAGCCAGCUUUUGGAGAGGCUUCUGGGUUCAAUAGACAUUGCAAUUUGUAAUCUAGCAUCUUAGUGAGAAGCAGACCAAAUAAUGAAAAACUGUCACCAAGUAUCUCCAACAAUUCUUGACAUAGCCACAGGACUUCCCAUUUCUUAGAGGA